GGUUUGGCGCAGUUUGAUUUCGGAUUAUUCAACAUGCACCUUGUGCGAUGGCUGAUCUGCUUGAUACAGCUAUGGAUACAAUUAGGAGCGGCUGGAACAGUCACCCUACUAGAUCCUUUGCUAAUUGAGAUCCCCAACGGCAAACUACGCGGACGUGACAACGGCCACUAUUACAGCUAUGAGGCGAUUCCCUAUGCUGAGCCUCCGACCGGAGAGCUUAGAUUUGAAGUUCCGAAACCUUACAAGCAGCAGUGGACGAACACUUUCGAUGCCACCCAACCACCAGUGCUGUGCAUGCAGUGGAAUCAGUUCAUAAAUGGAACCAAUAAGCUACUUGGCGUUGAAGACUGUCUGACCGUGAGCGUGUAUAGGCCGAAAAAUAGCAGUCGGAAUAACUUUCCUGUCGUUGCAAAUCUGCAUGGCGGCGCCUUUAUGUUCGGCGGACCCAGCCAAUACGGACACGAAAACAUUAUGCGCGAAGGCAGUGUCAUACUCGUAACUAUAGGAUACCGCCUUGGGCCGUUGGGAUUCGUGAGCACUGGUGACGCGGAUUUGUCCGGAAACUUUGGACUGAAGGAUCAGCGCCUGGCUCUGCUCUGGAUCAAGCAGAACAUUGCCAGCUUCGGUGGGGAACCAGAGAACAUUCUAGUGGUAGGUCACUCCGCGGGCGGGGCAUCCGUUCAUCUGCAGAUGCUACGUGAGGACUUCAGCAAGGUGGCUAAAGCAGCAAUUUCAUUUAGUGGCAAUUCUCUGGACCCCUGGGUGAUCCAGCAAGGAUUACGUGGACGGGCCUUUGAGCUGGGCCGCAUUGUGGGCUGUGGACAGGCAAGCGACUCCGUGACCCUCAAGAAAUGUUUGAAGUCCAAGCCAGCGAUUGAAAUAGUCUCGGCGGUCCGGAGCUUCCUCGUGUUCUCAUAUGUGCCGUUUACGCCUUUCGGUCCAGCUAUAGAAUCGCCAGAUGCACCAGAAGCCUUUAUUACCCAUCAUCCUAUCGAUAUUAUUAAGAGCGGAAAGUUUUCCCAAGUCCCUUGGGCUGUGACGUAUACCACGGAGGAUGGUGGCUACAACGCCGCUCUUUUGCUGGAAAAACAGGCGUCUUCUGGUCGGGAGUUGAUUGUGGAUCUCAAUGACCGGUGGUUUGACUGGGCUCCGUAUUUGUUGUUCUACCGGGACUCCAUGACGACCAUCAAAGAUAUGGACGAUUACUCUCGUAAACUGAGGCAGGAGUAUCUGGGAGAUCGGCGCUUCAGUGUGGAAAGCUAUUGGGACGUACAACGGAUGUUCACAGACCUCUUGUUUAAAAACAGCGUGACGGUUUCUGUGGAUCUGCAUCGAAAAUACGGAAAGAGUCCAGUCUAUGCUUUUGUGUACGACAAUCCUUCUGAAGUUGGAGUUGGUCAGAUUCUAUCUGGGCGCAAUGAUGUAUACUUUGGUACGGUUCACGGCGACGAUGUCUUCCUCAUAUUCAACGUUUCGUUCGUGCCCGCAAAUCGUCGUCCCGACGAAGAAAUUAUUUCCCGCAAUUUUAUAAAGAUGCUGGAGUACUUUGCUCUUAGCAUCGACGACACGAUGGCAUACGGAGACUGUGUGUUCCAGAAUAAUGUUGGUAGUAAACACAUGCAACUGCUGUCAAUAACACGAGACGGUUGCGAGAACAAGCAACUUAAUUUUUUUAUAUAGAGAUGUUUAAUCUUCAUUUAGUAGACGAGCAGGCUACCGUUUUCAAA